AUGAAGGAAGAUGAAUCUAAUUGGUUCUCAAAGUGGGAAGAAGAACUGCCGAAGCCAGACGAGCUUAUACCCUUAUCUCAAACCCUAAUCACACCUGAUCUUGCGAUCGCCUUCGAUAUCGGAAGUUCCCAAAUCCCACUUAACCACCAUCAUCAGUCACUCCAACACCACCAACAACCGCCGGCGAUUUCAACCCCUUCGUCACAGCCAAAUUCGGGGGAAUUCGAUUCAUCUGAGCUUGGUGGUGGUGGUGAUGAGCCGGCUCGCACCCUAAAGCGUCCUCGUCUCGUCUGGACUCCACAACUCCACAAGAGAUUCGUGGACGCUGUUGCUCAUUUGGGGAUCAAGAACGCCGUCCCCAAAACCAUAAUGCAGCUCAUGAGUGUUGACGGGUUGACUCGAGAAAACGUCGCGAGUCACCUCCAAAAAUACAGGCUUUACUUGAAACGUAUGCAGGGUUUGUCUUCCGGUGGCGGUGGCAACGGUGCUGGUGGAUUUGGGUCUGGCGGAGACCCCGCUACCGACCAUUUGUUUGCAAGUUCACCGGUGCCACCUCAUUUUCUCCAUCAAUCUCACCCUAAUUCCGACAAUUUCCUGCCAUAUAUGCCGGUGGCUGCACUCCAACAGCAACAUCACCACCAACAGAUGGCGGCCGUCGCAGGGCAUCAUCUCCAUCGGCAUGUGGGCCAUUUUGGAGAAAAAGGCUCUGACAUUGUUCCCAAUUGGGGACGAUUGAAUUUGGGUGCUUUUCACUCCUAAACAUUGAAUUAUUACUGGUAUAUGGUGAUCAUGCCAAAUUUGCUGCUAUGAGGGUUUUAAGAGUUAUUGUUGAACAAAGAUGACAUUGUUGAUGAUGCUGGCGAUAGUGAAAGGCAAAUGCUGAUACAAAACGUCUUCUUUGACAAAACGAGAAGACCGAUGACAUGGCAAUUUGCUACAUAUUUUAAAGACCUGAGCUUGUAUCCAUGUUGGUAAACUUCAUAUGUGUAGGCAUUUUAUUUCUCCUGUUACUUAGUUUACAUUUGAAAAGAUGAUCUUUGCUUCAUUGUAAAUUCGGGGUUGUUAGUAGAUCCUGAAACCGAUCUUUGAUCAUAUAAUUAAUGAAAAUAUCCAAUAAUACUCUUGUAUCAUGUUAUACUGUUGGUGUUGGUAUGAUCUAAUAAAUCCAUCAAAUUUGUCAUGCAUGAUAACUUGCCUCUUUCUCACACAUUUUGUAUCCUUAUUAUAUGGGCUGAUUGACUCGAUAAAGUUGUUGUUUGUGUAUUAUGUAU